AUGUACGAUCUCUACAACUGCACUGAUGUCCAGUCAAAUCUACUCCAGAUGUUUAGCGAUCGGAAACUCGAAGUCCAGGCAGCCCAACGAAUUACCGUCUUCAGCGUAGUGCCAGCAAUGAGUGACAUCCUCGAUGUCUCUCUCGAUGUCUCUCUCCAGGUCCAGAGCAUGUUACAAGGAAUAGAUGAAGAUGGGCGAAUCCACAAUCGGCGAGAUGAUAUACAGAAUGCGUGCGAGCUCAUUGGUAACUGUUCGCGUUUAGCUAUCAAGCAGCGCCGCGCAUCCAUUUCCAGAGCGAACACUGCUUGUCGUGGUGCAUCGUUUCAGCUCUCCCGUGGUCUCUUCGAGUACUUAACGCUUUCCCUGAUUGGUGGGGGCAUCCACAUGGUAAUCCUUUCUCUUCAAUUAGGCCCGUGUUACCCACCACUCCCACUUUCCCAAUCCACGGCUGGGCAACUCCUGAACGAGAACCAACGUCUGCACACUUUCAUCCUUCAUGCAGCCAGAUGGAAAAAUGCUUGA